ACACAUUUUUUGUACGCAUGCAUGCACAUCAAAUUAUCAAUCGAGACCAGGGCUUUGUAAUACUACAUAUCAGACACUUUUGUAUCGGAAUUACAGGGCUAUAGGUUCACUAGAAUUGUGGAAUUCUUUCAAGUACAAGAAGCAGGAGGCUCGAGCAUGAGUUUCCAGGAUGAGAAGUUGAAGAAUAUCUUCUGGCUAAGGCCUGCAUAUCAAAGACACUCAUGGGGAAUAAAAUUGCACCCGUUGAAAAAUGGCUCUACUCUUACUCUGACCACCACUGCACUUCUUCUCCUCCUUUCUGUCUUAGUCGUUUCACUCUUAGGUUUGGCGGGUUGGAUUCAUCAUUUUGAUGACUUUUCAAGCAUUUCCUACGAAAAUGCACUCAAAUUGUUCGAGAAAACCACGAGAUUCCAUCCUCCUCCUCUUGAGCACCCUCUUGACUGCAUUGCAUGGGAUCAGAAGAACAAGACGUGCUCAAGUAAAUAUCCCACCACUUACCAACCAAUGAAUGAUCACUACCCUUCCUCAAAUCCGACAUGCCCAGAUUAUUUUCGGUGGAUUCAUGAAGAUCUAAAGCCCUGGAAGGGGACAGGAAUCACUUGGGAUAUGGUGGAGAGAGCAAGAGAGCCUGCACACUUUAGACUGGUGAUCCUAGACGGGAAGGUCUAUGUAGAGAAGAUUAAGGAAUCAAUGCCAACCAGAGAAUCAUUCACUAUGUGGGGAAUUUUGCAGCUUCUGAGGCUGUACCCCGGAAGACUGCCUGAUCUUGAAUUGAUGUUUGACUGUGACGAUCGGCCGGUCAUCCCAUCCAAGGACUAUCGUGGACCCAAUGCUGGUCCUCCGGCUUUGUUCCGGUAUUGCUCCGAUUCACAGAAUCUGGAUAUUGUCUUCCCAGAUUGGACGUUUUGGGGCUGGCCUGAGACGAAUAUAAGGCCAUGGAGAAAUAUCCUAAAGGACAUUGAAGAAGGGAACAAGAAAAUCAGAUGGAAGGAUAGAGAACCCUAUGCUUAUUGGAGAGGAAACCCGCAUGUGGCUCCUUGGCGGGGCGAGCUUAUGACAUGCAACGUUACGGGCAAGGAUGAUUGGAAUACUGGCUUAUUUUUACAGAACUGGGAGGAAGAGGCAAGAACAGGAUUCAACCAUUCAAAUGUUGCAGAACAAUGCACCUAUAGAUACAAAAUCUACAUCGAAGGAUAUGGAUGGUCAGUGAGCGAAAAGUACAUUUUUGCAUGCGACUCUGCAGUCUUGCUGAUGACUCCUCGUUUCCAUGACUUCUUCAUAAGGGGCAUGCUGCCACAGCGACAUUAUUGGCCCGUAAAGGACAAUGACAAAUGUAGAUCUCUCAAGUUUGCGGUUGAGUUCGGAAACAAUCAUACAGAAAAGGUAGAGGCCAUGGGAGCAGCAGGGAGCCGCUUUAUCCAUGAGGGUAUGAAGAUGGAAUAUGUUUAUGACUACAUAUUCCACUUACUAAAUGAAUAUGGCAAGCUUUUGAGGUUUAAACCUACCAUUCCUCCAAAUGCGAUUGAACUUUGUCCAGAAUCCAUGGCAUGUCCUGCAGAUCAAAAUUGGAGAAGGUUCAUGGAAGAAUCUUUUGUAACAUCUCCUAGCCAUACGAUUCCAUGCACAUUGCCUCCACCUUACGACCUUGAAGCCCUUAAAGCUUUCAAUGAUCUGAAGUUUAAGUUAACCAAGGAAGUGGAGAAGUGGGAAACUGAAUACUGGGAAAAACUAAUCAAGAAUGAAUAAGGCCUUCUCAUUAGUCUGUCGGUUUCCUUACUAAUUUUUUGUUAGUUUGGAUCUUUAUAUGUACACUCAGGAAGUAACAAAUUUAGUGAAAAUGACUUUAGUCAGCCAAU